AUGCAGCGUGGUUCAUGGUCCUGGGGAGCGUGGUGUGCGUUGUUUUGCAGCUUUGGGUGGAUCAACAGUAUUGGAGAAUUUCAGGCUUACUACGAACACAAUCUUCUCUGCCAGUAUUCGAGCAGCAAAAUCUCAUGGAUUCCGUCACUGCAGAUAUCCUUUAUGUUUGCCGUGGUACUAUCAGAUACCCCUAUCGCAGAGCCGGUGAGCUGCAUCCCCAGCUGGUUUAGCAAGAAGCGCGGCGCAGUAUACAACAUUGUAUCCUCCGGCUCAAGUAUUGGGGGAGUUAUCUUCCCUAUUAUGAUCAGCAAGCUUAUUACCAUUCUGGGAGUAAGGAUGAUUUUACUGGUGGCGGGCUUCUUCAUUCUCACUUUCGGGAUAUUCGUCCCUAUGAAAUAUCUCGUUACUACAGCAAUGGCAGAGGACGUGGGCCGGGACCUAGUUGAGUACUUAGUUGCCAUUCUGAAAGCAGGUUCUGGAAUCUUCCCCGAUAAAAUCAGCUCAUACAAAAUCUUCCUGGCUGUCACCUCUAUCGCUGCCAUCAUAGUUCUCGCGCUGUGGAUACCCGCCUCGAACAACGCCGGACCCAUUGUCUUCGCCAUUCUCUUUGGAUUUGCCACGGUCUUGAAACUCUCCCCGUUCCCUGAGAUCGGAUAUAGAACUGGACUCCUUUUCCUGUUCGUCUCCAUCAGUGGCCUGACGACAAAUCCGAUCGCAGGCGCUAUCUUGCAACACUGGGAUGGAUCGUAUACAGCGAUGAGGAUCUUCUCGGGUGUGUUAUUGAUUAUAGGUUUUACUCUGGUGCUGGGUGUCCCGUCUCCGUGA